AUGGCGAUGGAAGUAGCAACACCGGCUCCGGCACCGAUCACAUCACCGGAGAGAAACAUCGUCCUCGCGCCGCCGUCAGUGAAAGCCACCGUUGAGACUCAUCACAAGAAGAAUCGGAUCCAAGUCUCCAACACGAAGAAACCGUUGUUCUUCUACGUUAAUCUCGCCAAGAGAUACAUGCAGCAACACAAUGAGGUGGAACUCUCUGCACUUGGGAUGGCAAUCACAACUGUGGUAACAAUCUCUGAGAUCUUGAAGAACAAUGGAUUAGCUACACAGAAGAAAGUGUUGACAUCGACUGUGGUAAUGAAAGACGAGACUAAAGGAAAGAUGGUUCAGAAGGCAAAGGCAAGUAUUGAGAUUGUGUUGGGAAAAUCAGACAAGUUUGACUCAUUGGUGCCACAUGUGACCAGCGGAAAAACGCCGGAGGAGGUAGCUAAAGCAGUGCCGGAGGCUGCUAUUGAAGCACAUGAAGAAGCAGCAGCCACCAAGGCCUAG